AUGGAGGUGCAGUCAAGAAAGACCCGACUCCGGAGAAUUGACAAGAGGCAGGAAGGAGAGAGGGUGGAGGCAGCUCUCCCACAGGGCCAUAGCAUCCGUUCUCCUAGAUACGUGCCCAGGGGCCCAGUGAUGGGGAGAGGAAUCCCUAAGGAUCCUAGGUUUCCACCUGUUCCAGACCCAUCCCUGGCCCAGCUUAGAAAGCACAAGACUGGGUCCCUGCAGUCCACCUCUGUGUGCUCCCAGAACUAUGAUCAGCCCACCCUCCCCUUGUCGGCAGCUGCAGAACUCCAGACAGUGACAGAAGUAGACCAAUGGGCAGUGGUGGAGGAGUGUGAGAAGAAGCCCAACCUCACGGCCUUCCCUCCUCAGCUGAUGGUGGAGCAGUUGACCAUGAUGGAUGCGGAGCUCUUCCAGAAGGUGGUGCCCUCUCAGUGCCUGGGCUUCACCUGGGGCAAGAGGAACAAGCCCGGCAAUGAGCACCUGACACCCACUGUCCAGGCCACCGUCGACCACUUCAGAAGGGUGGCCAGCCUCGUCAUCAUCACCUGCCUCGGGAACGCGAGCAUGAUGACCCAGGACAGGGCGAGGGAGUGCGUGAUCCGGAAGAACUUCUCAACCCGCACUGUCAUCUCUGUUCUGCAGAAAACCUCCACAAACCACUUGAAGAACACAUGGGAGGAAGUUUCCCUGGACAGCUCUGAAAAACUGAAGGAGCUCUAUAGCCAAGACGAGUCCUUGAGAAGAUAACUGAUGACCAAGGAAUACUGAGUCAUGAGGGAGAUCCUGCUGCUCCAGGUGGCUGCAAAGAAUUACAACCUGGACCCCGAGGAGCGAUUUGGGGCCUGGUUCCAGG